AUGUUGGCAGUCUCCAGGACUGGGACAUCUUCCAAAACUAAAGCUGCUGAGGUUCCGAAGAAGGAUGCUGUCCCCGAGAUAGCCUUCUACCACCAAACUCUUCAACAAAGGGAUCUCUGCAACGACACUACCAUCAAUCGUCCAAAAGUUGACCAUCGCGUGCUAUGCAUUUUUUCUUUCUUUCUCCAGUCAACCAAUCGCAGUGGAUCACCCGCUCCCGCGCUUCUAGAGGGUCGUGACUCACGCUGGGGACUCUCCACAGGAUUCAGGUGGCCAUGGCUACGGGAUAUACGAAGUAGUAGCAUGGGUGCCUGGUGUCUGCUCCAUCCUUCUUCCGUGAUUGCACCCAGUCUGGCGCCGCAAUACGCCCUCACCAACAGCACGACUUCGCUCUUGAUGCGAUGUUUUGGUGCACAGGCGAUGACUGCAGGGUUUCUCCUCCGUACCUCUAACAUGACGGCCACCAGCUUCACGGCUUUUGGCGUGAGCAUGAUUUCAUAUCUUGGAUUCAACGCCUGGUUUAUUAUUGGCCCGGGCCGGGACUUCUUCACCAAUUGGUUGUGGAUGGAUUUCGUUGGAAAUAUGGUCUUCCUGAGUGGGUCUCUCUUUGCGGCGAAAUUGUUGAAAGACGACGAGGAGGAACAGGAGAAGGCGGUCUAG